AGAGCUUGCCUACUGCAGUGAGCGUGUUUUGCACGUGCGAGUUGUGCAGAAGCCACGUGACGAAGGUGACGUGGUGAGAUUGAAUGUGAGUUUAGCCAUUCGAGGUCUUCGCACUACACAGCGAGCAGCUUUUUUCAGUCAACAUUCUGCUAUGAGUCGCCAUUCGGUUUCCCCUUCACACCAUUCGGAGGAUUCUCAUACACCUAACAAGAAUAAGCAGCAGGAACCCAUUGAAGGUUAUGAAACAUUUCAAUUAUUUAAAGAUUAUAUGGACUGCAAACUAAAGACAUUUAAACGUGACAUUAUUGAAGAGAGUGAAGAAAGGUCAUUCUCAGCGUUCAAAAGGGCUCAUAAAGAUUCAGAGAUUCCUAAUUUUAGGUUUAAAGGCAACCAACUUCAGUAUAAAUUUAAUACUGGUUGUUUGGAUAAGAUUGACAGUGCUUUCAGAUAUAUUAAGAGCAGCAAGUAUUCUGAUUGUGUGGGGAUUCUCCAAGAUCUCUCUUCAGAUAUCUCGAGGAGGAACAAGUAUAUCCGCUUAGCGGAUCGUUCUCCAUCUGGCUGGGCCGUUGUAGCUGAACUAGAGGGAGACGAUAUUGCCUCUGGGUCCGAGGAAGAACGUAGAUUCGAGAAAGCUGAGAAUAAAGCCCUCCGUAAACGACGUGCGUCCUCGUUCCGGUCCAGAGGAAAACCUAGCUAUGUUUCACCUAGCGCUACUGUCUCUUCUGCUAGCAUGGUUGAUGCUUCUAGGGACUCUACAGCCGGUCAGAACCAGCCUUUUCGUCCCAUGGUCAAACGAGGUCCAUCUCCCAACCAACAGUGCUACUUCUGUGGAGGUUUCGGCCACUGGAGGAUCUCCUGUCCUGCGGCAGCUUUACUACGUGCAGCCCAGUCAGCCAGCUCCGAUUCAAUACAGUCCAACCAAGUUGUCAAGAAGUAGAGAAUUCACUUCAGGUCGAGUUUCUGCGGGAAGUUGCAGUUCCGAUGUUCAGGUGCCAGCAGUCCAUGAAACCAAGAUACGACAGAGGGAUGCUACCUGUGCUUCAGAUUUUGACAUUGAUAAUUCAGCAGGUUUAGGAGGUACUGACUUAGAUUCUGAAUUCAUUCAACUAAGGUCUUACGAGUUUGAAUCCAACACUUCGUGCAUCGUGAAAGGCAGUUUAAAGAAGCAUGUUUCCUUUUGGAUUAAUAUUGGAGCCCCUCAGUUUGUAAUCGAUACUAUUACUGAUGGUUAUGUCAUUCCAUUCGUUGAUAGUCCUCCUCCAUCCUUUUCUAAAAAUAACCAAUCAGCAUUGAGGAACGAUACUUUCGUUGUACAGGCUAUUGAAGAACUCUUAAAAAACUCUUGUAUUGUCGAGCUUGAUAAUCCCCCUUUAGUUGUUAAUCCUCUUUCGGUAGCUACACGGCGUUCAGGCAAAAAGAGACUUAUCCUUGAUCUUAGGUAUGUCAAUCAGUUUGUUUACAAAAGAAAGAUUGUUUUUGAGGGCUAUAAAACAGCUUUGGAUUUUGUGCAAGAUACAGGUUUUAUGUUUAAAUUUGAUUUAAAAUCUGGUUAUCAUCACAUUGAUAUACAUCCUAGUCAACAACAGUAUUUGGGUUUUGCUUGGAAUGCUAACGGCAUUAUUAGGUACUACUGUUUCACAGUUUUGCCGUUUGGGUUAACAUCUGCACCUUACAUUUUUACUAAGUGCAUUCGUCCUCUAGUUACUUAUUGGCGAAGGCAAUCUGUUUAUAUUGUAGUGUACCUUGACGAUGGCUUUGGCUAUGCUAAAUCGAAGGACUUGUGUUCUCUUCAUUCAGACAUUGUUAGAGAUACUCUGGAACAAUCAGGUUUUGUCGUUAAUGUUGAUAAGUCAGUAUGGCACCCUGUUGCAGAGUUAGAGUGGCUUGGAUUCACAUGGAAUUUAGAUUCUAGUGUUCUUUCCAUUCCUGUCAAGAAAAUAGAAGAUAUAGUGUCUAAUUUUUCAGCAUUCACAUCUGAUUUGCCAAGGUUCACAGCAAGGAGUUUAGCUGCUUUAGCAGGGAAGGUUAUAGCUCUUACUCCAGUUUUGGGCGAUGUUUGUAGACUUUUCACAAGGCAUAUGUAUUCGGAGGUCCAUAAGGCUUCU